CAGUCGUUUUGACGUUCAGAGCCGUCCGAGCCGGCGACGCAUGUUGAGAGCCUUGCCACCUCUGCGCUGCCGGCUUUGCAGGCAGCUAGAGCUGAAACAGAACCACAAUGCGCAAGCUAGAUCCGCACGGCAAAGCAGCGUCGCUCGUUAUGCCACGGCAGCGCCAGAUCACACGACUUUGUCAGCCAGAGCGCAAUCGAAGCUGCCGGAGAGCUCUAUAAGCCCUCUGCUGACACCUGAGACUGCCGUGGAUCAGCGGGCAUCGAGUACAGAGCCUACCAUCGAGGAUUUCGACCAGUUCUUGCCGCCGUUCUUGCAACCUGGUGGCAGAUUUCCUGCCGCUCUCAAGCGAUCGCAGCGUCCUCAAUGGAUCGCUUCACAGUUCGACAAGACUCUUGCAAGUCUCAUGACGGCUUUCAGUCCCAAACAAGUCCGCAAUCUGGCCAAGGAGGCCGGCCUGCUGAAGAUCAAAUCCACAUCCAAAAGGAGAGAUGUUCUGGAAAGGCUCAUGAUCGAGCAUUGGGGCUGGCAGCAUCCCGAGCGCAUACGAAAGGCUCCGGACGGCUCAAUCAUACCCGAGACUGAGAUUCUGCCGCUCUCGCUCGUCGAACUCACCCUCUUACUCGCCGAUACAGCUGGCAAACUCGCGCCGUUGUCCCGAACGUAUGAUGUAGAGCUUGCCAUUGAGGGUGAACCGCCACAGCUGCGCGCAACCGGUGCAGCACACCACCUUCUGCGCUUUCGCAACUAUGUCAAGAGUGUGCAAAAGGCCAUCAUCACUCAGCCCCUUGCACUCCCACGCCCAGCGCGCGAGGAGCUAUUCCAGUCCAUAGCUUCCCACGGCCCGGCGCUCAUCGAAGCGACCGCGGACAAGUCUCUCAUCAAGCUCACGACAAAGGGCAAGGCGCCAUUUAUGCGAGCGCGCCACAGGAUAUACCAGGCCUGUGCUCUGGACGAGGCCGCCGAGAAGCUACGCAUCUAUGUUGCGACGUCAGAUGAGCACAUGGCGUAUUACCCUCAUGGGCUUUACGAACGUUUGCCAUGGCAUGCCGAGUCAACACAACUGGCACGAUUACAAAACGUCUUGCCCGCGACGGCAAUGACCUCGCGCGCGCAGCGAUCGACCAUCAUGUGCAAGACUGAACCUGCACAAGGGCUCGAAGCCAGUCUAGCGAGUAAUUUUAUCGAAGGCGACACCAAGCUACGCUUGACUGCAGGCUAUUGGCUUUCGAACGCUGACAUCUCUACAACACCUGAUACUGUUCGGCCUCGACUUUUCGUCCCAGGGUAUGCAUCUUUGAUGUCUACAUGUCAAGAGUUGACUCAACCAAGCAUAGACUUGCGGCCGGUCUGGUCGAGCGUAUGGUGCCAGCAAAGGAUCAUUGGUCAUCAAUGCCAGCAGAGCCAGCAACGCUCAUCUAUCACUCAACCAUGCGACGCAGGAUUCGCUACUUGGCGACGCAGCAGAGUCCUGGCAGCGCCUAUCAGCUCAUCGAGGCGGAACUUUCGCCUGCCUCACCAAGCUCCUCAUCUAGGGAGCACGCGCCACUCGUGCGCGCGCUGAGUCGAUCAGACCUUGCACUGCUCAUGCCGUCGCAUUCCUUUGAUCUGAUGCUCACCGCCGUCACUUCUGCCUCACUAGACGAAGAGCUCGAGCACAAGAUAGCAGAUGCCAUUUCCAGAGAUAGUAACGCGACAGAGCUCACUCAUGAGGGACGGCUCUACGUCCCGAUAUCU